GACUGAGUUGUUUAGUGUUGAAGUUAAAGUUUGUCUGUCGCUGUGUGUGUGUGUCUGUGAAUGUGAGUGUGUGUGUCGGUGCUGGUCGGUUCUCUCCGGACACAAACGGAAACAUGUCCCCGCUGCUGCUGCUCCUGCUCGGCCUCCUGUCCCUGGUCCUCUGCGUCCUCCGCGGCAGGAGCAGAAGAGACGGUGAACCUCCUUUAAUAAAAGGCUGGAUCCCCUUCAUCGGAAAGGCUCUGGAGUUUGGAAGAGACGCCCAUAAAUUCCUGGAGGAACAUAAAAAGAAGUUUGGAGACAUCUUUACGGUGCAGAUCGCCGGUAAGUACAUGACCUUCAUCAUGGACCCUUUAAUGUAUCCAAGCAUCAUCAAACAUGGCCGGCAGCUGGACUUUAACGAGUUCUCCAACACGGUGGCUCCCUUCACCUUCGGCUACCCGCCCGUCAUCAGCAGGAAGUUCCCUGGCAUGAGGGAAAAGAUCAAACGCUCCUUCCACCUCCUCCAGGGGGACAGUCUCACGCCCCUGACGGAGAGCAUGAUGAGUAACCUCAUGCUGGUGUUUCGUCAGGACCACCUGGAGGAGAGGCCGGGGGACGAUGGUGGCUGGAGGAGCGGCAGCAUGUACGAGUUCUGUUACACGGUCAUGUUCGAGGCCACCUUCCUCACCAUGUACGGCAGGCCGCUGUCCGCUAUCCGCCACAGCAGGAUGGGGGUGCUGAGGGAGGACUUCAUCAAGUUUGACAGCAUGUUCCCCCUCCUCAUCGCUCAGAUCCCCCUCUGGCUGCUGGGACAGACCAAGGCGAUCCGCGAGAAGCUCAUUAACUACUUCCUGCCGCACAGGAUGUCGUGUUGGUCCAACAUGUCUCAGUUCAUCAAGAGACGAUCGGAGGUGUUCAAUCAGUACGACUCACUGACGGAUUCCCACAAAGCAGCUCAUCACUUUGCAAUCCUCUGGGCGUCUGUGGCGAACACCGCCCCCGCCACCUUCUGGGCCAUGUACUACCUAGCGAAUCACCCUGAGGCUCUGCAGGUCGUCCGUCAGGAGAUCCACGACGUCCUGGGACUCGACGGCGUGGAGUUCACCAGCGACAGAGACGUGACGCUGAGCAAAGAGCAGCUGGACAAACUCCUUUAUCUGGAGAGCGCCAUCAGCGAGAGUCUCCGUCUGUCCUCGGCCUCCAUGAACAUCCGGGUGGCUCAGGAGAACUUCGACCUGCGGCUGGACAGCGAGCGCUCGGUGGCCGUUAGAAAAGGAGAUAUCAUCGCCUUGUACCCUCAGAGUAUGCACCUGGACCCCGACAUCUACGAGGAGCCUCAGACAUUCCAGUUUGACCGCUACAUGCAGGACGGCAGAGAGAGGACCGACUUCUACAAAAACAAUCAGAAGCUCAAGCAUUACCUGAUGCCGUUCGGCUCCGGCUCCUCCAUGUGUCCCGGGCGAUUCUUCGCCAUCAACGAGAUCAAACAGUUCCUCUGUCUCCUGCUGCUCUACUUCGAUGUCCAGGUGGAGGACGGCCAGACCAGAGCCACUUUGGACUCCAACAGAGCCGGACUGGGAAUCCUGCAGCCCACCACUGACGUACGCUUCCGCUACAGACUGAGAACGGUUUAGACAGGUGUUAGAGUCAGUGAUGCAUCAUGUCCUGUCAGAUGACAGCUAACACAAUGUAAAUGACAACAGUGUUUGAUGUGACACAUAAAGAGCCAGAUGUUUCCCCCAGGAGCUGGUGGAGGCUAAAACACUGCAAUGAGAUUCAUCAGGUGACACAAAAUAUUUCUAUCGGGCUAAAGUAAAUUACUUCUCGAUGAAUUGCGGCAUAGCAGGUGACACAGGAUUGACCAGCGAUGUGAGAAAGCAAAAGGGUUGAAAGUUGACAACUUUUUAGUUGAUGCUAAUGAAGGUAGAAUAAACUCAGAGCUAUUAGGUCUGCACUGAGCUGAUACACAUUUGCUGAAUGGAUAGCCGAAUCCACUUCCUGAUGAGAGUGUUCCUUACUACAAACCUGUAUACUCCAUUCGGGUCAACCUGACUCAACUCGACCUGACUCGGAUCAUAGUUGAUACAUCGUAAAAAAUAAUUCACUUGCAGCAUCAAUAUAAUCACCAUAGCACUAUAAUCUCAUUAUUACCUGAGUUUUCAGCGUAUAUCACAACAAUGGUUUGGAAGGACAUAUCCUGUUCGUGUGCUCGUUUGUGGUCUGAACACUGUAAACUCAAAAAGCCAGAAGACUGAUACAUGUAGAGGUUUGGUUUUCUGAGGCAACACUAAACCAUCUUUGGGUAUUUUGUGUCUCUGAUUGUCUGUGUGUGUCCUUGUGCUGCUUGACAAUAAGUAAUUUACUCGUUGUGUGUCCGCGAACAUUUCCCACACUGUGCGCCUUAUUCCUCCGUCACAGUCCCUUCGUCUCUAUUUAACGUGAACAGCAGAUUACACUGUAAAUACUGUAUGAAACUGAGCACUGAUGUUGGCAGCUCUGAUUAAGCCAAGCUCUUAAAUGAAUUUUACAUUAAGUUUAAAGAUACACAAUGUUCUUUUGAUAUGACUUUUUAUAUUUUAGUUUUUCUGCUUCUCGUACUAAAGUUAAAGGAACAGUUCAACAUUUUAGAAAAUCGUCUUGUUCUCUGUCUUCUACACAGAUGUUUUUAGCAUAGCUUAGCACAAAGACUGGAAACAGGUAGAAAGUGUUAGCCUAGCUCCAUCAAAAGAAGAACAGCUCCACCUUCCAGCAACUCUGAGUUACGUGUUGUCUGUUGAGCAGAUGUACAAACAGAAGUUGGAGCAGUGACUCAACACAGUAUUAAAUAUUAAAUACAGGUCUGUAGGGCGUCUGCACCAAGAUGGCUGACAGGAAGAUUUCCUAAACUGUGGGAUUGUUCCUUUAGUGUCACUGCAUGAAUAGUGAGACUGAAAUAACACUGUCAGCGAAUCAACUGUCAGAUGAAGAAAUUGUUGAUAUCUGAGAUAUAUUUUUUUAAUUUUUAAUUUCAGAAUGUGAGUCAUAUACAGUGAACUACUUCCAUGUCAGCAUCAUGAACAACAAACACUACUUUUUUAGUUCAGUGUGAAGUUUUCCACACGUUUAAAAUUAACUGUAAUGUAAAAACAUGUAGUUUGUCAUUAAACUCGUCGUAAUUGUGA